AUGAAGUUCACAGUUGUUCUGCCACUCCUGACCGUCUCCUCGGCUUUGGGAAUCCCCAAGGUCGCGGUGUGGGAUGACGAGUCUCAUGUCAGGCCAUUCACCAUUUCCGACAUUGAUGCCCAGAACCAGAACGAGUAUGUUCUCGAUGAAGAAUACGCAGAUUUCCGUGCCCUCGGAGAUCAUGACGAGGACGAGCCCACUCUCACCAUCUACGAGCUCAUCAAAAAGAGCGAUCGAGCGACCAAGUUCGCCGAGCUCAUUAGUGAAUACAAUGAUAUUGUUGAACUCCUCAACAGUACUGAUGCGAAGUACACCGUCUUCGUGCCCGCAGAUGAGGCCUUUAAGCAUUUCCCCUUCAAGAAGAAGCCCGAUGCCGAGUUUAUAAAGGCCGCCAUCAAAUAUCACAUUGUCCGCGAUGAGGUCCCUGCCCGGGAACUCAUCCAGACCAACACUCUCCCGACUCUGCUCGAGGAGAAACUACUCGGCGGCAAACCCCAGCGGGUGCGAGCGAGCUUUGGCUUUGGAGGACUGAAGAUCAACUUCUUCAGCAAGGUCGUAAGGCCCGAUAUUAGGGCUACAAAUGGUGUCAUUCACGCUGUGAACCGAAUCUUGCUCCCUCCAACCAUGGUUGGGCGAGAACUCACCUUCUUCCCUAGCCACUUCUCCACCCUUCUCUAUGCCUAUGAGAAGACUAACUUUGUCGACUUCAUCCACAACGUCAAGCUUAAUGGAAGCACGGUAUUUGCCCCAGAUAACCGUGCUUUCGAGAAACUCGGCGCCAAGGCCAACGCCUUCUUAUUCAACACUGAGAAGGGCCGCACCAUCCUGAAAGCGCUUCUCAAGUACCAGAUCGUAGCCAACGUCACCCUCUACAGCGACGAAGUGUACGGCAACGUCGACCGAGUCGGUGCAGAGGGUGUGGAUCGCCACCAUUAUGACCUCACCACUCUCCUGCACGAUAAGCAUGUCAGCGUUGACAUCACACGCUUUGGCGCCUUCACUAGCAUCACCGUCAACGGACAGGUUCCAGUUGUGGCUCGGGAUGCCGUUGCUAAGAACGGAGUUAUCCAAGUUGUUGGCAAGAUUCCUUUCCCGCCUCAUAAGCACCACGAUCAUGAUCAUGACCACGACGAUCACGAAGAAGAGGGCGAGAUUGAAGUCGGGGAUUUAAUUGAGAGGCUGCAGGACUAUGUCGACGAGGAUGAUAAGCAGUGGGUUGGUGAGCUGUAG